AAAAUUGCCGAAGACAUCUUGUAUCUCUUAUGGAAUAUCACUGUACCAAGCCGUCCUUCUAGAACGUUAGUGGAAGAGCUUACGGAUUUCUUCAAUCUUAUUCCGAUAGAAAAGUUUCUCGAUAUAAUAAUCCAGUAUGUAAAUGAAGACGAAAAAGUACAAAAAGCUUUACAGUUCGUAUUAACAGCUGAAUAUCACGAUCUGCUACGCGCCCUGGAAGCUCUUAAGGAACAUCAAGAACUCGUAGUAUAUUUAGAAAAGGCUGGACUUCCUGUUAUUAAAUAUAUACAGGAAAUGCAUCGUGCCAUCGGCAUGGAAAAAUAUGUGCCACCCAAAAUAGAAGAUCUCUUUACUAGGAAGUCUUUAAUUAAGACGCAAAAGAUCGGCGAUGGAAUGCAAGGAAUGUUCAAAGAUCUUUAUGAUGUAUUACCUUUGGACAAAAUUGAUGCGCUUUUCCAAAAAAAGAUGAAGACUUCCAAAGUAUUUGUUGAUUUCAUCAAAAAGAUUACGUCCAAAGAAAUGAUAAAAAUCCUCAGUGAUCUAGGCGCUCACAAGACUUAUAAG